AUGUGGGUCCUUUGUAAGGAUUGUCUUGAUAAUACACGUCGCAAGUUUGAAGCCAGUGAACUAUUUCAAAUCGAUGGGUACAAUUAUAAAGAGUUUAAGCUAUUGAAUAACGGUGAUUUUAAGCCAAAGAGUGCUUAUGGAUACAAGGAUGGUGAUUUCAUGGUUUAUGUGUACAUCCUCGCUAUGGCAGAAACCCUAGACAAGCUCACUAGAAAAAUUCAGGACAAAAAACUCAGAGCACCAUCCAGACAGCAGACCUUCAGGCCAAACGAAAUUCCAAGACAGCUGCUGGAAAAAAGAUGUUGGACACGUUCAAAUCUAAGAAAAAAUCACACUAAAAAUAAUGGGGAAUCUGACGAGGAUGGUAAUGGUGGUGGAAAAAGGAACAAAAAUGAUGGAAAGGACACGGACGACGACAAGAAUACGAAUGGCGAGUCCCUCGAUGAAGAUGACCAUCCAGGCAAAAUGAAGAAGAAGGUGGUAACACAUGUGAGGGGAACUGCUGUCGCACCUCAGAGACCAGAUGAUACAGAAGAGCCCUGUACACGGCAUUGCAAAUGCUUCAACAUCUGGGAGAGCCAGACAGAUCUUAUGGAGCAAGAAGUCGGAGUUUUAAGACACAAGAAUGAUGAGUUAGAGCAAACUAACGACAAUUUCUUUAAGAGAAGUGAAGACAUAGAGAGUAUGUCUUGUGCUGUAAAAACAAUACCUGAAGAUGAUGUGCCAGACGAUAUACCUGAGGAUAACUUGACUUCGACCGACAAGGAGUUUCUCAUCACUUCAAUCUACAAAGAAGCCAUGAAGAAUAUUUUAAAUGCUUUAAAAUGGGAAAAGGAGAAACAAGUGUGGCUCACUGAGGUAGAUAUUGCUGAAAAACUGAAACGAAUCACUUGGCAAUUGCGUGAAGUGCACAAAAAGAGCAUGCCGUUGGAUGAUAAUGAGGAAGCAAACGAGAAGAAGUCAGGAAAAAAGAAGGACAAAGAAAACGAGAAAGAACGAAAACAAAGGAAGGGGGCAUUAGCCAAGAGCACUGAAGUUGCAGAUCCUGUGCAAAUAUGUCAAAUGAACAGAUCUAGAGAAAAUGAAUCUGAAGAAGACACAGUAACUCAAGAGAAUGUGAAGAAUCCGAUUACCGAGAAAGUCUACAGUACAACGGACGAUGACGAUGACGAUGCCGAUGAUGAAGAGGACAGGAAGGAAAAAGAAGAGGGGGAAAAGAUGGAGAGGCCAGUGUGA